GACCUGAUUUAGAACCGAUCUACAAGUAGUAUCCAUCGAAAGACCUAUGUGCUUCUCUUAUGUAAAUAAUGGGUAAAAUAGCUACGUACGUAUUCUUAGACAUAACGACUAACGGAUAUCCACUAGAACACCCAUGGUCUAUAGACAUUGCAGAACUAUGUAUGGUAGCAGUAAAACGAAAGUGCAUUGAGAACCGCCAAAUAGAGCCCCGAACUCAGAACAAGUUCAAAAUGUGCUUCUGGAUCUACUGCGGUUUUUAUAAAACUGGUCCAAUAACAGGAUUAAGCAAAGAAGAUUUUUAUGAAGCGAUACAACUUAACGAGGAUGUAUGCAACGCUAUCAAUUCCUAUCUAAGUUGUCUAGAAAAGCCCGUUUGUAUUAUUGCCCAUGACGGCUUCAAACUUCAGUUUCCAUUACUCAAAGUCAAGUUUAGUAGAUUGACGUGUUCGUUGCCAGAUGAUCUCCUGUGCACUGAUAGCAUUUACGCCUUUUAUGACAUAUUGGCCCUAGAAAACAAAGAAGGUACCAAAAGUUCUCGUUCGAAACAUAGUAAACCUGGUGUUAAGGUUUACAAAAAUAUGGUACGGGAAAAUUUUUACGAUAAAGAACCAAAGGAAUCGUACGUGUUGAGUGAUAUUUACUAUAGAGUAAUAAAAGGCAAUCUUACAUCAUACGAAGCAGAGGAUCACUGUCAAAUGAUUAUGCAAUUAGCGAUCGAGAAAAGUAAAGACUUCGUCGCGUGGGUUGAACGAAACCACUGCCGAUUGUCGGAGGUGCCCUUACUUUAUUGAAUGGGCCAUCAUACAAUCCACUUCAUUCUUCAGUGUAUAUAAUACUAUUUAUUAUCAUGAAUUAGCAUGGCUAUACAACGACGUGGCAAUGCAGCCAGUCUUCUGGGCACGUUUCCGGAGGAGAGUGAUGCGGAGGAAUACUUCGACGCCUAAUUUUUUUUCGUUGUUCUUUUAUACGUUUUUAAUUUCGAUUUUGUACAUAGUAUUUUAGUUUUAAAAUAUAUUAUUUAUUUAUUAUUAUUACAACAGUGUACAAACAAUUAAAUUUAGGACAUUUUCCCACAAAACCGGUUUAGCGGUUUGACUGUGGGUGUUGAGCCGCAUUGAUUUAUAUAGGUAAAUUAAAAAAAAACUACUCAGUCAUUAUAUGUAUAAAGAUAUUUUUUUAAACUUAAUUUUAAAGAGUUUUAAAUCAUUUUUUCUUUGUCUGAUGUCUGCCGGUAAACUAUUGAGCACAUGGUACACGUUUCUUAAGAGUUCUAUCGCUAAAUUAUUAUGGAACAUUAUAUUCACCGGCGGACAUAGACCUUAUUGUGUAUAUUAGUAACAGAUACGUCACAGAUACAUAUUUGUAAAAUGUUAUGCUAUGUUUUUAUUGAAAUAAAAUAAUAUUAUUUAUUCUA